AUGGGCUCCAUCGUCCUUCCCCAUCUCGAGACCGGCUGGCACGUCGACCAGGCCAUUCUAAGCGAAGACGAGCGUGUGGUGGUUAUCCGUUUCGGCCGCGAUCACAGCCCCGAUUGCAUGCGCCAAGACGAAGUCCUCUAUCGCAUCGCCGACAAGGUCAAGAACUUUGCAGUCAUUUACCUCUGCGACAUUGACAAGGUUCCUGAUUUCAACCAGAUGUACGAGUUAUACGACGAAUGCACCCUCAUGUUCUUCUUCCGAAACAAACACAUGAUGAUUGAUCUCGGCACCGGUGACAACAACAAGAUCAAAUGGGUACUGGAAGACAAACAAGAACUGAUCGAUAUCAUCGAGACGGUCUACCGCGGCGCGAAGAAGGGACGCGGUUUGGUGGUUAGUCCCAAGGAUUACUCGACCAGACAUCGCUAUUAG